AAAGAAAGAUAUCCACUAACCCAGGACAAAGUUCUUUACCUCCUGAUUCCUCACAAAGACACACCCCACAAGCCUCAAUUAUUAGCCCAAAAAAUUCCCUGCACCUUCCUACCUCGUCCCCCUUUAUAAGGCAAACUAAAAACUGGAAGAGAUGCACCACACCUGAGCUGCAAACAAACCUAGAGGGAGAACCAAGAGACAAUUUCAUGAUAGGAGAUGGAGCAAGCAGACGAAGCAUCAUCAGUGAACAAGGAGAGCCCAGAGCAGCUUACCGUCGACCAGGACGGCGGCGCCACAUGGCUGAGCCUCACACUAGGCGUGAAUGGAUCGCCAGAGGAGGAAGCAAACUGCUCGGAGCCUGAUCCUGAGCCCAAGCCUUCUGCCCCACACAAGGUUUUCUCAUGUAACUUCUGCAUGAGAAAGUUCUUCAGUUCACAGGCGUUGGGUGGCCACCAGAACGCGCACAAACGGGAGCGCAGCGCCGCCAAGCGCUCCUACCAUGCACAGAGGAUGGUGAUGGGGCUACCUCUCGAAGCGCACGCCGCCUUUGUGCAGUCCCUGAGAAUUAACCAGAGUUCGGUGAUUCAGAAGUCAAGCCAGCAAGCGCAGAUCAGGACGGCACCAAGGUUUCAUGAAGGUGGCAUGACCUGGGCGACAAUUGCCUGCGAGGAGGUACCGAAUUCAACAUGGCCAGGAAGCUUCAGAUCAAGAACACAACCUUCAGACCAACCAUCAGAACAAAGUAAGAUGGACUUGAAUCUCAGGCUUUGAUAGGCUGAUGUAUCAACUUUGACCAGUACAGUGUCCUCAUCAAGUUUGUCCUUCUGAAUAAAUUGGUAUGAAGAAGUGAUCAAUUAAGUUCAGUUCACCAUCAGAAUCAAAUCAAAGCAUAUGGUGGUACUGGAUUCUGAAGAUAUUAUUGUUCUUUCUGAAUUCAUGGUAACAUUGCUGCAAUAUUUUUGUAGCCAGAUAAUUAAUAUGAUCAUAUUUAGUCUCAUUGAAACCAGUGUGGAAUCCAGGGAUUUUUUUUGUUUGCACUUCCUACAAGCAGCAUAUAUGAUGUCUCAUAAGUCA